UAGGUGGUGUAAUAGAACAGUGAUGACAUACGUGAGGAUCAACUGUGAUUAUCGUAACGAGUGAUUGCUGACUGUUAUUUCUCCCUUUUCGCUGCCUCGACGUUUAAGUCUAUUUUUAGGAGAAUUUUUUUUUUUUUCACGAGGUAUUGAUUUUUCGAAAUUUAUUUCUGGGGUCUGGGAUUUAUCAUUCAUCAUUGGAGGCAGUGAAUAAUGAUGCUUCAUCCUUGUUGAUCUGCUUUUUGUUUUUCGGUUUUGCCGGUCAGUAUUUAUAGAGAGAGUGCGACUUUUCUUUUUGGAUAAUUUUGGGAAGUUCUUGGUUUUUUUUUUUGAGAAAUUGGUUUGAGAGGGUCGGAAGGGCCUCGGGGGUGUGGAACCCGAGGAGAAAAUGGGGAAUUGACGGCAGAAUUCAGUGGGAUUUCUGAGGAAUUUUGGAGAGGAUUUUAUUGAUCUCAUAAACAAUUGAAAUUUGCAAUUGUUAUUUUGAAAAAAUAGGUUUAUAUUCAUUUUUCUCCUGUGUGAUGAGAGGAGGUGGUGUCAAUGGUGGGAUACAAUUCCGAUUUAUCGUAACAGGCGUAAUCAGAGCUUAUUGAAGACAAUGAAUUUAUGGGUUUGUUUAUGCCGAGAGGGGGAGUCAAUGAUUGGAGGAAUUAACUUGGGGUUCGGUGCGUCCUCAUUUCACGCGCGUGAUGAGUGAAGAUUAUGCGCGUCACGCUGUGGAAAUUGCGAGACGUUUCGAGAGGAAAAGCACCAGAUGAACAAAUAGAACUGGUUUUCAGGAUUAAUACAUUUUUGAAAGAAAAAAAAAACAUUUACGUAAAUAAUUUUCAAGCGGAUGUUUAAUGACUAUAUGGGUCAAGAUUGUGAUUGUUAUUUCUACCAUGACCAUGAUGACAGCCUCGAAAUUAUUAAUACAGAAAACAUUCAAAUUGUUACUCGAUGAAAAAAUAUAAUUCACCAACAAAGGACUCCGCAAGUAUUGUACCCCCGUUUUCGCAUUGUUAAUUAUCUUCAAUUAAUAAUGACGUCAGAUGGAUUUGAUCAGCGCAACGAACAAUGACGUGCCCCCCACCCAGGGCUUCCACGUAAACCCGUAGAAUAAAACAAUCCUCUCAAUCCUCAACUCCGCACCAUUGGCAAUAAUAAAAAAAAAAACAUUCAAUAUAUUGACAGUGCGCAGACGCCGCGGGAGACUUCAUAGAGAUCCCGUUGAACACGCGGCUGUUGGAUCAGUUUCCACGGUGAAGCUGAAGUGAAAAGAGGCAAUUUUCCUCGCAAACUAAUCACCGCUUAUUCGCAAAGUGAUACCAGAAAAAACGUCAUCAAUAAUUAACUGGAAAAAAAUCGCGAUAAAUCUCGAAUCGCGCAAUCGGCGAGAAGAAAUAAAUAAAAAAAUCUCGUUCCAUAAAAUCGCGGAGAUUCGCUGAACGAAACCGAUAAACCAGUUGCCGGUUGAAGUGAGUGAUAAGCGGCUGAAGAACGCAAUUUUCGCGACGAUUCUUAUCCUCCAAUCAUGGUUGUCAUCCCCACGAGUCUCGGAGUAUCGAUAUUUGUCUGCACAUGUAUUUUUGUUGCUUCGUAAACCUCGAGGUUUGACGAAAAUUUAAAUAAAAAAAAUCUGCAACGUCCGGUGCGUUCUCCGCAUUUAUUCCAGUCCUGCGGUACCGCAUCGACUCAUUCAGCGGACGAAAAGCCCAAAAGCCCAAGUGAUUGACUCCGUCCAUGUCGAAUACUCCACCGGAAGCGGAGACAAUGAAGGCGAAUUCAGCGGCGACGAAGAUCCAGGCGAACUUCCGGGGCUAUCGGGUUCGCAAGCAGCUGAAGGAGAAUCGACCGCCCCUGCGGCACGAGGAGAACGGAAUUCGUGAUAUGACGGGGGGUAAAAAAUCACUGAAGCGCCAGGACACGAAGAAUUCCCUGGAGGAGAAAUCAGCGACGAAAAUUCAGGCUGGAAUCCGUGGAUUUCUGGUCCGCAAGCGAAACCAGGUGGCGCAGGCCGCGGCGACGAGGAUUCAGGCGGGAUUUCGGGGAUUCAGGACGAGAAAACAACUGAAACAGACCGGCCAGUGACAGUUGGCUACUGAUGAUUAUACUCCAACACAUUCUGAUAGAUUUAGGAACUCACCCAGGAGGCGGCCAAGAUCUUCCGUCAGGAUUCUAGGGGUUGGGGCGGUUAUCAAGAGGGCGCUACCGGUUAUUCAUGGAUCACCGCGGCGGGGCGGAUCACCAGGACGACCUUGGCCCGGCGAAAGCAUCGUUGCACUCACCUUGAGAUACGCAUGAGAGCAGCAUCUGGUUGUUUGUCAACUUCAACGUGUUUAUAUCGCCGUUGCAAAUGGCGAGGGCUGGGCUAUUAUUGUAGUAUGAGAGGAUGCGAGAAAUUUUUUUUUUUCAAAAAAAUGUUCAUUUCGUGAAUAAUUUGCGGUGGGAGGGGGUGAGAGAGUUGAAUUUUCAGUAAUAAAAAAAUUUAGAAGAGAGCUCUCUUGAAUUUGGAAAUUUCCUUCUUCUCUGGUCGUGUGGAAUAAUCAAAACGAGGGGGUGGGUAUUGUUGUAGUCUGAGGAUGUGAUAAUUUUUUUUUUUCACUGGAAAGUUGCCAUAAAAAUCAAAAUAUUUUCCUGCGGGUUUGAGAUAUUGAAAAAACUUUGAUUUAUAAAAUUGAAAAUUAAUUCACGAAAGAAAGAAGAAUUUGUAUAUAAUUUUUUGUAACACGAGACGAAUCACAUAUCAGUGUCGAGAUGAACGUAAUAAUAAUAAUCAUAAUUUUUUUCAGUAGCUUCUUUCAUUGAUAAACAAUUCCUGAGAAUACAAAAAUUAAAGAAAUGGAUAAUUUCAGUGAUCAUUGAAUGAAGGUAAUUUGUACGUUACUUGUGUAAAUAAAAAAUGUUUUUUUUUGUAUCAUAAAAUUAAUGAGAGAAAUAUAUUCUGAAUUGUAGUAAAAACAUGUGUCCAGUAUUUAAUAAAAAAUCAUUAGGAGGAAUAACGUCAUCCGGAA